AAGGCAGAGAAAUAUAUGCUGGAAAGCUGAUGGGAAGACUUUGCUGCUUAGAGGGGGAAAGUUAAGUUUUCCAGAAGAGAAACCAUGAAGACCUUAUUCAUUUUUGCCCUUGUGAUGAGUGUUUUGUCCUGUUCUGCGUUGCCAGUGUAUGACUAUGAACUGUCCAUAACGGAAGAAGCUCUGCGUGCCUCCAUUGGAAGAGUGAAUUCUAGAUCACAAUGGCCAGCCCUGUUUGUCGUCGUAAAGAGCUACGUUAGAGGGGUUGACCUGUUGGAUAACAAUGACUACAGUAUAAUGCUGGACUUCAUUGUUCGAGAAACCACCUGCACUAAAGAUUCAGAGAAGGACCCGUCCUUGUGUGACUUCAGAGUGGGACGCUAUGUGCAAACGGCCUUCUGCAGAAGUACAGUUCGGGUCUCUGAAGAACAGAUACAGAACUUGACAGUUUACUGCAGCCAGGAUGCGUCCAGCUCAGAAUCCUCAAGCAGCGAGGAGAUGAUGUUCAUGGAAAUGAUGGCCCCAGAUAGAAGGGGUGACAGUCGCAAUGAAGCUGAACUUGCUCCUGAGGCCUUCUCUGCAGGGAGAAGACGCCAGAGCUAUAAAGCUCAGCGCAAAUCAAGUAAAACAAACUCCUAUGCAUUGGAAUAACCCCACUCAGUAAAUUGAAGAUCCAACAGGACCAGAAACCAAAGAACCAGCACAUGAAGGAGAAACUUGACAGCAAUUAACUUUAUUUCAUCAGCAAAAGCCAUUAUGUAACAUAUUGACUCCCAGCACCCCCUCCCCUGACCACUUUCCAUUUAAUGGCAAAUGUCCAUUGCAGUAUGCACACAAAUGUGUGGAAAUGGGCAUUUGAUCACAUUGCUGUAUAUUGGGGCUCAUUUGUAGAGCUGUCUCAUGUACCUAGCAUAACUGUCUCCAAUGUGUGGUGUAUCAUCUCAAUGGUGCAAUUAAAGGAUUAUAACAUCUCCAUCUGUUGGGUGGCUCAUUCACCGGUGACACUCAUCGCUUUCUGUUGUGCUCGUUACUACUUCUUGUUCAAUUUAAAACACAAUAAAAACAAUUUCUGCCCUCUAGGCCAUUCUUUCCACACACAAAACAGGAAGGGGGUCUAGUGUCCCAGAAUAUUCCACAGAGCAGCAGUGACACUGUCUGCUACUACCUCCUAAGAGGUGGAGUAAACAUUA